CACAGAGCUGCUGACGUGGCGCAGAGGAUAAUGAAUGGAUUCAAGAGGACUGGACUGUAAAGAAUUCGAAAGAGAGGUCCCAGCCGGAGCCCCGUCAAAGCAGCUGCAAGUCAUGGCGGCGAUAGCCCCUUCAGUGGGCGUGGGAGCAACUGACCUCCGCUUCGCCUACCGCCGCUGCGGGCCCUCUUCCAAUCUCAAGCGCUCAAGGCCCGCGAGGAAUGGUAAUGCCAUUGCUGUAGAUGUAUUCUUUGUCAAGCCGUCUAACUCUCCGCCGGAGAUGAGAAUCAGAAGGUCCCCUCAGGUUCAAGCUUCUAAAUCCAACGGACGAGUCGAUGGCUCCGAUGACGCCUCCUUUUUCAAGGAGGAUUUGAGCUACCUGGGGAAACUGGGAGCUGGGUCUGUUGCGGGAGCAGCGGCGAUCAAGUACGGGAGCAUCAUCUUCCCCGACAUAACAAGACCGAACAUCCUGCAAGCCCUGAUCAUGAUCUCAACUCCCGUGAUUGUCUCCGUGUUUCUUCUGAUUAAACAGACACAGACGAAGUUUAUAGUCCAGACCUCGAGUACUCGCAACUGCUCCUGAUAUUGAGACACUAGCUGCUUCAGAUGCUGCAACUCCAGGUUCUUCUCAUCAUACUCUUUUUGGCGUUCAUGCUGAAUAGCCAC